AUGGCCGACUUGCCGCCGGUGCCCAAGGAGCACGCGCUUCGGCCAUACGCGCUGCCGCGUAAGACACGCUCAAGCCCACCUAUCACCCUGGUGCUGGACUUGGACGAGACCCUGGUGCACUGCGUUCUGAACAAGGUGGACAACGCCGACUUGACUUUUCCCGUGGAAUACAAUGGCAUAAAUUAUGACGUCUACUGUCGCCUGCGCCCCGGGUACAAGGAAUUCCUCGAGAAGGCUAGUGAGCUUUUCGAGGUUGUUGUAUUCACAGCAUCCCAGCAGGUCUACGCCGACCGGCUGCUUAACAUCAUUGACCCCGAGCGCCGCUAUAUACGGCACAGGCUUUUCCGCGACUCGUGCGUGUAUGUUAACACCAACUAUGUCAAGGACCUGGGAAUUCUGGGUAGAGAUGAGUCCAAGAUGGUUCUGGUCGACAAUUGCCCCCAGGCCUUUGCUUACCAGCAGUCGAAUGGCAUUCCCAUCGAGAGCUGGUAUGAGGAUAGGGGUGAUCAGGAGCUGAUGCACUUGAUGGAGUUUUUGGAGACCCUGGUGGGUGACGACGACGUGCGGCCCAAGGUGGAGGCGCAGUUCAAGACCAAGGAGAAGAUCGUGGAGGCCAAAAAACGGUACCAGUUCAGAAUGGGCGUCCCCUACGGCUCACCCAUCUGGGCGCGCGGCACGAAAGUUUAA